AUGAUGCUGCUGUGCAUUUGUAUACAGCAACAAUAUGCGAUUAUUCUCUUUUGGUUUCUGAACUCAGUUAACUCGCAGACAUUUUCUCAGUCUCGCUUCGAUUAUCUCAGCCCUGGCAAACAGUUUUUGCCGGCAAAUUUCUCUGCUCAGCUUAUCUCGACAUUAUCGACCAAUUCAUUGAGACGAUGUGCAAUUGUUUGUCAUAUGCAGAGCUUAUGCCGAAUCUUUGACUAUGAAGUCUAUCUUCCUCAACAAUGUCGUCUCUUUGAAGGUGAUCUAACAACUAUGGGCAGCGCUAUUUCAUCUCCAUCAGCAAAUUCUCGCGUUGGCGUUCUUCAAACGACGUCAACACUGUUCGCUGCACAUGGUCUUCCAUGUCCAUCUCAAUGCGAACACAGUCGCUAUCUAACAUGUAAGAAUGGUUCAAGGUGUGAAUGCUUCCCACACCAUUAUUGGGAUAGCUCGAUGUGUCUACCUCAAUCUCCCCUAGUUGGUUCGCCUUGUAAUCAGAGUAAAUCAAUGUGUCGACAAGAUAUUCACCUGUUUUGUUUGCGUCUGGAUCAAUGUGGACCGCUAUCCGUAUAUGCUGGUGUGACUAUUGCCGAUCAAAAUAGUUAUAUAGCAGGCAAUUCGAAUGGUGGUCUGAGCCAACCAAUGAGCAUUGCAGUAAAUCAAUCGAUAGUUCUGAUAGCAGAUGGAACAAGAAAUCAAAUCGUGCAAUUUUCUGACAGCAAUUCUCCUGAAAACAAUGGUUCAGUUGUAUUUCGUAACUGGACGAAUGGUGAGUCCUUCAAUCAUCCAUACAAUAUAUACUUAGACAUCCGUCAUGGAAAUAACCUUUAUGUUACUGACGCAGGUAACAACAGAAUAAUCUUGUUUUCCAACAUGCAAAGUACCUUACCGGUACCAAAAAUAGUGGCAGGUACUGGCUCCGGAGGAAACUCGUUAAACAAUCCGUCUGGAGUACGAGUCGAUAGUCACGGUAAUAUGAUCAUUUCGGACUUUUUCAACAAUCGAGUGUUGAAAUACGCACCUAACUCUACUAGCGGUUAUAUAAUUGCCGGCACAGGGUCUGCAGGAAGUGAUUCCAUGAGUCUAAACAAUCCUUCUGCUAUGCAUCUCGAUGAAUACAACUCCUUGUUGUACGUCGUCGAUACAUCGAACCAUCGUGUGCAACGCUAUUUCUUAAAUGGUAGCAUACCAAUGGUAGGAACGACCGUUGCAGGAAAUAAUGGCGCCGGAUCUGGCAGUAAUCAACUGAGAUCACCGUAUGGCAUUUGGGUAUCAAAUAAAACAGGCGCUAUUUAUAUAGCAGAUACCAUGAACAAUCGAAUUCAGCGCUGGAAGGUUGGUGCGACCUCGGGAGUAACAGUUGCCGGAAGUCCGACGGGUGUUGUAGGCAGCAAUUCUACUAUGUUGAAUUCUCCGUACCGCGUGACUGCUGACGUCAAUGAAACUUAUCUUUACGUUAGUGAUACAUCGAACAAACGAAUUCAACGGUUUCAACUUAUUUGA